ACUCUUUAAUUGAGUAUGCUACCAAUAAAUUUUUACCUCUUAUUUUAGUAUGUGCUUCGGAGGAGCACGCAUGCAAGAAGACUAGUCAAUUGCAGCUUAUGUUGUCAUCUUCUUUAAUUGCAGAUAUUUGUGCUUAAAAAUUUGGUAUAAUAUGGAAAACUUUACUUCUUGCACUUGUUCAGUAUGCCGCAGACUUUGUAUGCGCAGCUUUGUAUUGAAGCAUGCUUUGUCUGAGUGGCUGCAUGUUAUUACCCUGGAGGAUAAUUUUAUUAUUUCUCCUCUCAUUUUCAAUGGAUUUGAUUUCCUUCUUGUGUUUGUACACUGCAAGACUCUUCAUUUCAUCAUGAUUCCACAAGGAGAAAGAAAAAAGAUAGAUUAAGAGUUACAGUUGAUUUGUAAUUAAAGUAUUAGAAUAGGCUUUAUCUGGAGUUACCUCUAAAAUUUAUAAGGUGUGAAAUUCGAAUUUCAAUGAAAUUAAUUAAAAAAAAGAAGAAAAAAAAUAGAGUUGCAGUUGAAUCAAGAGCCUAUUGCACAUAUGGCCCAACUCAACACAACCCACUAUCACAUAGUCCAAUUUGUCACGUUUCAUAGACAAUAACCCCCGCAUAUAGUAGUCUGUUAGCCGACCAAUAUUAACGGUUAUAACUACUUUCUUACAUCUCAGAUUGGCGGAUUUUUAGACCUUAAUAAUCUCAAGACCUUAGCAAUUGAGCCUUUGACAAAUUCCAACCUUGACUUAACUGAAAUCAUUGUCCUUUUUUCUUUUCAUUAAUUGAAGAUCAAUCUUGGAUUGGUUUCUUUUGACAAACCAUUUAUGAAGAAAAUGGCAGAAUUGACUUCCGGGGCUCUUGUAAAGUUUCUUCAAGAGAUGAAUGUUGGUGAGAACUCAUUGGGAGAUGAUAAACCUGUGUUGUUACAGAUUAGAAGCAUAAUUCCUGUAUUAAGAGAAGGUGAUCUUUGGCCUAAUCAAGGAUUCUUUUUAAGAGUUUCGGAUUUAUCUCAUGCAAUAUAUGUUUCUUUGCCUCAAGAACAAGAUGAGAUGGUCUUUUGUGACAAAUUGCAUAUUGGGCAAUUACUAAAUGUUGAGAAAUUGGAGGCUGCAUAUCCAGUUCCAUUGCUUAAAGGCAUUAGGCCACUUCCAGGUAGGUGUCCAUGCCUUGGGAAUCCUAAAGAUCUUAUUCCCAUGCAUAAUUUGGAAAAGUUUCUUGGUGUGUCUAAAUUGGAUUCUUUAAAAGAUGAAAUAAAGAAUCCAAUAGAAAAACCUCAAUCUUUAAGCAAUUCAAAAGCGAUAUUGAAUGAAGGGACAGGUAGAAUGGGAAGCAUGAGUGUUGUAUUUGAAGAGACUAGUAAUAUGUUCAGAGAGAAACAAAGAGAAAAAUCUCUUUAUUUAAGUUCUUCAGGUGUAAGCUCAAAUGAGACAAGCUCUGAUGAGAGAAUAGUUAGAUCAGGAAGCCUGAGCAUGAUAAAAGAAGAAAACAAUGAUAUGAUCAAGGAGAAGCAAAUUGAAAAAUCUCAAUCUUCAAUUUCUUCGAAACGAAGCGCGAGUGAAGGUACAGCGGACAAUAGUUGCAAAACUGAAGAAAGUAAAAGUAAUGAUCAGAUGAAAAAGAAGCAAAGCGAAAAGUCUUAUUCAUUCAGUUCUUCGAGACGAAGUUUGAAUGAGAGGCUAGGUAGAAGAGCCUCAGUUUACAGGCCUCGAAAGAGUGAUGUCGAAAGUACCUUGAGUUACAGCAGGCCUAAAAGGGGUGAAGCUGAAAGUUAUCACAAGGAGAUUCGAAAACAUAAGCCGAGAUAUCCCAAGGAUAGUGAUAUGGAAAGUACAAUUUCAUCUACCUCCACAUCAUUGAUGUUCAAGAGAAGAAGCUGGAGUGGGAAGGAUGAUAAAAGAAUGGAAGGAAUUUCAGAUGCCGCAGUUGUAAAGCACGAAGUGAAACCAGAUGGCAGCAAUCCUAAUGUUUCUAUUUCUCCAGUUAGUUCGUAUAGGUGCGAUGGCUCUGAUGACAAUCCAUGUUCUAUAACAAAAAAUACUGUCACUAGUAUAACUACAAAACCGUCUAAAAUUACAAGCAACAGUAACGUUCCUAUGUUAGGGAAAGUAAGUGAAGAUUCCACCAGUGAAAGGGUGACGUUGAGCUCAACAAACGACAUAAUGCCGACAGAUAAUAGUAUAUCAUGGGAUUUCCUUCCUCCAAACUUGGUGAAAUUAGGCCAGAAGGUGUCAAGGCAGAGAGAAAUUGUUUUGCUUGCCGCUGUGGAGGCUUUACUAGAGGCUUCUGCUGCUGAGAAAUCGCUCAACUGCCUAAGGUGUGCAACUUAUGAAGUAAUAUUUUCUUGUCAUUUUUCCAGCAUUUACUCUGAGAUUCUCUCAGUCAAGGAGGACGAGCAGCAUCCAUCAGUAGACAAGUUUUUCAGUCUUCAUGAUGACUUGGUUCAGGCCAAAUUAAUUUCUCAAUCAUUAACCAGAAUUAUUACUCAGGGAACAGCUAAUACUGAUUCAAUUGCCCCUCAUUCUGUUAGGGAAGAAACAAAACUUGCAUUUGACAGAAAGCUAAAUGCAAUUACAUGGAUCAAAGCAGCUUUGGAAUCUGAUCUUAACCCAGUUUCUGAUCAUAUCAAAGCCACUAGUAUUUCCAUAGAAAGUAUCAGUACUCCGAAAAGUGAAUUGCUUGAUAUGGACAAUCAACAGGAUUGGAUGAAGGGAAGUGCUUUGGCUGUAUCAUCAGAACUUGCAAAUUCCCUGAAUAAAGAAAGUAGAACAUGGUUUUUGAGUUAUGUUGAGGAUUACUUAGAUUGGGUUAGUAGCAAAACUAGUUCCAAACAAUCUGAUAGCCAGCAGGUGGCUGAAAUGAUGUAUCAGGUAAAGAAAGUUAGUGACUGGUUAGAUAUGAGAUGCAAGGACAAGUCCAAUAUGGAGGAUUCUGAAGUAGAAGCUUGUGGGAGAGUGAGGAACAAGAUAUAUGGGAUCCUCUUGAAGCAUGUAGAGAGAACAGCCAUAAAUGCCAUAACUGAAUCCUGAAAAAUUGACAACUCUUCUAUACAUUAUAUGUAAAUUUGACAAGUAAAUUAUCCGAAAGAACAUGAGCGAAUGUUCUUGCAGAAAACCAGAAAGGAUCUUGUCUUCCAGUUUCAUUUUAUAACUAAAUGGAUGUAAUCACUGUUUAUUUUCCCUUUAGCUAGUUUCCCAGCUUGUGUUAGUAAAUUUUCUUUUCAAGUGGAAAAAUAUUAUUCUGUCUUGUAUAUUUAAAUGUAAACAUAUAUAUUAGCAAUCUAUCACAUACAUUGUACA